GCCGUCCUCCAGCAUGAUUUUGACAAAUUGUCAGUCAGGAUUUCUGCAGCCGAGCCGCGGUUCAAAGCCGUCUGAAGCCUCCUCCUCCUCCUCCUCCUCUUCUUCCUCCCGCUGCUGCUGCUGCUGCUGCGGGCUGCUCCGAUCGACGCUGAAAACCUACACCAAGAGGAUACGGAUGUUAACCAAGACAACAUAGUCUAUUAAUUUUUCAGACGCACUGUGAAACGAUAUCAGUAUUAAACCUAAGUUGGGGAAAAGGUGCGCAGGGUGAGGACACUCCUUCCAUCUGCAGCUCCACAACUCAGCACAGGUGAAGGACGAAGCUUCACUGUGAGAGAAAUGUUCAGCUCUGAUGUGAUGGUGAUGGAGAGGGAGGCUCUGCGCAGCUCCCGGCCUCACUAGAGGCGUCCUCCGCUCCGUCCUGCGUCUCCUCACCUUCACGCCGCCGCCUCCUCUUCCUGCCCUCCAACAGCCGGGAAGGAUGACCGUGGUAUCCACCGAGAACAUGGACGAGACCUCCACCCUGCCGGGGCACCCGCAGGACCCCUACCCGCCCGACGACGACCACGACGACCACGACUGCUGCGAGCGGGUGGUCAUCAACAUCUCGGGGCUGCGCUUCGAGACGCAGCUGAAGACCCUCGCUCAGUUCCCGGAGACCCUCCUCGGGAACCCCAAAAAGAGGAUGCGCUACUUCGACCCCCUUAGAAACGAGUACUUCUUCGACCGGAAUCGUCCGAGUUUCGACGCCAUCUUGUAUUACUACCAAUCGGGAGGGAGGCUAAGACGGCCGGUGAACGUGCCGCUGGAUAUGUUCUCGGAGGAGAUUAAGUUUUAUGAACUCGGCGUGGAGGCCAUGGAGAAGUUUCGGGAGGACGAGGGGUUCAUCCGGGAGGAGGAGCGGCCCCUCCCGGAGAAGGAGUUCCAGAGGCAGAUCUGGCUCCUCUUCGAGCACCCGGAGAGCUCGGGGCCCGCGCGGGGGAUCGCCAUCGUCUCGGUGAUGGUUAUUCUUAUUUCGAUAGUCAUAUUUUGUUUGGAGACUUUACCCGAGCUGAAGGAGGACCCGAGCCAGCGGUACCAGAUCGUGGGGAACACGACCGUGUACUACAAACCGAACUUCCUCACGGACCCGUUCUUCGUGGUGGAGACGCUCUGCAUCAUCUGGUUUUCCUUCGAGUUGAUCGUGCGGUUUUUCGCCUGUCCCAGCAAGGCGGCGUUCUUUAAAAACAUGAUGAACUCCAUCGACAUCGUGGCCAUAAUCCCGUACUUCAUUACGCUCGGGACGGAGCUGGCCGACGACCAGGACAACAAGGAGGGGAAGGGCGGCGGCGAGCAGGCCACGUCUCUGGCAAUUCUCAGGGUGAUCCGCUUGGUGAGGGUGUUCAGGAUUUUUAAACUCUCCCGACAUUCAAAGGGCCUCCAGAUUCUGGGACAGACUUUAAAGGCGAGCAUGCGGGAGCUCGGCUUGCUCAUCUUCUUCCUCUUCAUCGGAGUGAUUCUGUUCUCCAGCGCCGUCUACUUCGCCGAGGCCGAGGAGAAGGAGUCCUUCUUCACCAGCAUCCCCGAUGCUUUCUGGUGGGCCGUGGUGUCCAUGACCACCGUCGGGUACGGGGACAUGUACCCCGUGACCAUCGGAGGGAAGAUCGUUGGCUCGCUGUGCGCCAUCGCCGGAGUGCUGACCAUCGCGCUUCCCGUUCCCGUCAUCGUGUCCAACUUCAACUACUUCUACCACCGGGAGACGGAGGGCGAGGAGCAGGCGCAGCUGCUCAACGUCAGCAACCAGAACUUGGCGUCGGAGACCAACUCGAGCCGCCGCAGCUCCUCGGUGGUGAGCAAGUCGGAGUACAUGGAGAUAGACGAGGACAUGAACAACAGCAUCGACAACUUUAGGGAAGCGAACCUUAGGACUGCCAACUGCACGGCGCCCAGCCAGAACUGUGUGAACAAGGGGAAGCUGCUCACCGAUGUGUGAGGCGGCGGCGUCCGGGCGCCAAGGUGUAAAUAUUGUAAAUUUAAUCUGGAUGCUUUAUCUCCAUUGGUGCAUUUUAUUCUUCUUUUGCAUUCAUUCAAACGCGUUGAGACUACGAGCGUUCACGGCACACACAUGGUUAAUUUGUUUAAAGGUAGAGGCUCAGUUAUUUCAUGAAAACACGACGACAGCGGCGUUUGGCAAUAGUUCAACAAUCAUCAGGUGUCGGGGGAACUUUUUGAUAUAUUCACUUAUAAAAACAAAGAAAUCAAAAGUCUUUAACUUAUUUUUAUUUUUUACUACGUUAGAGAGGUACUCCACCAAUCGUGCACGUGAAGAUGAGAGAUGUUUCCCAUGCAGGAAGAGGAUUCUGAAAGUUGCAUCUUUUCCCAAACUAGAGGCUAUCUGUCUGUUUCUUUCUGACCUCUGUUGCCAUGGUUACUCGGCAGGUUAAAAUGUUGGAACCAGGGUUUUGGAUUAGAAACCAAAGUCUGGAUGUUUUGGUCUCUGAUCGUCCAUCUUGGCUUGUGAUGUUUGACCCCUUAUUGGCUUUAACCAGGCAGGGUCUCAAAA